UUUAGUUAAACAACUGUCCUCCAGUCACUCUCUAUUGUUAGCAGUUUAGUGAACAAGAAUGGCAGUGAUCAACAGCGUGAGCUCCUUGGUGCUCGUGCUGGUCGCGCUCUCGGCGCCGCUGGCCGUCGUGGGCGGCGACCCUGACAUCCUCACCGACUACAUCGUGCCCCUGAGCGCGAACCCCGGGAACAUCUCCGGCGAGUUCUUCACGUACACCGGCCUGCGCGCCGUGCUGGCGGCGCAGGCGCCGGCGAACUUCACGGUGACCAAGGCCUCCAUGGCGGAGUUCCCGGCGCUCAACGGGCAGAGCGUGUCCUUCGCCGUGCUCUCGUACCCGCCGGGCUCCGUCAACCCCACGCACACCCACCCGCGCGCCUCCGAGCUGCUGCUCGUCGUCGACGGCACGCUCUCCGUCGGCUUCGUCGACACCGCCGGCAAGCUCUUCACCCAGGACCUCGCCACCGGGGACAUGUUCGUCUUCCCCAAGGGCACCGUGCACUGGCAGUACAACCAGGGGGGCAAUUCCGCCAGGGCGCUCUCGGCGUUCGGGAGCGCCGCCGCGGGGACCGUGUCCGUGCCCGUCACCGUCUUCGGCACCGGCAUCGACGACGCCGUCCUCGCCAGGUCCUUCAAGACCGACGUGGCCACGGUAGAGAAGCUCAAGGCCGCCCUCACCCCGCCCAAGAAGCCAUGAGUCGCUCGCGUGCAUCUGCCCUUCGUAAUCGUGUGUUCCGGCCGCGUCGUUCUUGAAUAACCUGCCAAGGGUAAAUUGGUGGGGUUGUGACUGAGUGAUGAGUCUGUAUGGGAAUGUGGGGUCAAAAUAAUCAAUCUUGAAUCGUCUGUGCGAUGUAUUAUGUUGAUCAGUUAUCGUCAUGCAUU